UCGGAACUGAACCCCUAAAGCGGGUCCGCCUCCCGCCCUCGAGCCCGCCUGGGGCUGAGUCGCUGGCUGCGGUGGGCGGCAGAGCGACGGGGAGUUUCCUCUCACCCUGGAUGGAGCUGAACUUUGAGUGGCCAGAGGAGUGCGGUCGCCCGGGAAUCGCUGCACGCUGAGCUCUCCCUGCGAGACCCAGCGGCGGCUUUGGAUUUGGGGGGGCGGGGACCAGCUGCGCGCCGGCACCAUGUUUCUGGCCACUCUGUACUUCGCGCUGCCACUCCUGGAUUUGCUGCUGUCGGCCGAGGUGAGUGGUGGGGACCGCUUGGACUGCGUGAAAGCCAGUGAUCAGUGCCUGAAGGAACAGAGCUGCAGCACCAAGUACCGCACACUAAGGCAGUGCGUGGCGGGCAAGGAAACCAACUUCAGCCUGGCAUCUGGUCUGGAGGCCAAGGAUGAGUGCCGCAACGCCAUGGAGGCCCUGAAGCAAAAGUCUCUCUACAACUGCCGCUGCAAGCGGGGCAUGAAGAAAGAGAAGAAUUGUCUGCGCAUCUACUGGAGCAUGUAUCAGAGCCUGCAGGGAAAUGAUCUACUGGAAGAUUCCCCGUAUGAGCCAGUUAACAGCAGGUUGUCAGAUAUAUUCCGGGCAGUCCCGUUCAUAUCAGUGGAGCACAUUUCCAAAGGGAACAACUGCCUGGAUGCGGCCAAGGCCUGCAACCUGGAUGACACCUGCAAGAAGUACAGGUCUGCCUACAUCACCCCGUGCACCACCAGCAUGUCCAAUGAAGUCUGCAACCGCCGCAAGUGCCACAAGGCCCUCAGGCAGUUCUUUGACAAGGUCCCGGCCAAGCACAGCUACGGAAUGCUCUUCUGCUCCUGCAGGGACAUUGCCUGCACUGAGCGGCGGCGACAGACUAUCGUUCCCGUGUGCUCCUAUGAAGAAAGAGACAAGCCCAACUGCCUGAAUCUGCAGGACUCCUGCAAGACAAACUACAUCUGCAGAUCUCGCCUUGCAGAUUUUUUUACCAACUGCCAGCCAGAGUCAAGGUCUGUCAGCAGCUGUCUGAAGGAGAACUAUGCAGACUGCCUCCUGGCCUACUCAGGACUGAUUGGCACGGUCAUGACCCCCAACUACAUAGACUCCAGCAGCCUCAGUGUGGCCCCGUGGUGUGACUGCAGCAACAGUGGCAAUGAUCUGGAGGAGUGCUUCAAGUUUCUGAAUUUUUUUAAGGACAAUACAUGUCUCAAAAAUGCAAUUCAAGCCUUUGGCAAUGGCUCAGAUGUGACCAUGUGGCAGCCAGCCCUCCCAGUACAGACCACCACUGCCACCACUACCACUGCCUUCCGAAUCAAGAGCAAGCCUCUGGGGCCAGCAGGGUCUGAGAAUGAAAUCCCCACACACGUUUUGCCACCUUGUGCGAAUCUGCAGGCACAGAAGCUGAAAUCCAAUGUGUCGGGCAGUCCACACCUCUGUCUUUCUGAUCAUGAUUACGAAAAGGAUGGUCUCGCUGGUGCCUCCAGCCACAUAACCACAAAAUCAAUGGCUGCUCCUCUCUGUUGCGGUCUGAGCUCACUGCCGGUGCUGAUGGUUACCACUCUGGCCACCCUAUUAUGUGUAUCCUUGGCAGAAACAUCGUAGCUGCAUUCAGAAAAUAUGGAAAGACAAGAGAGAGAAGCAAACAACCAAGUAACCUGUUUCCUGUCCUCUUGUAUAUCUGAAAAUCCAGUUUUAAAAGCUUGGUUGAGAAACAGUUUCAUCCAACUGGAACUCCUUUGUUGUUUUUAAGGAAGCUUCUUGUGACCCUGGGGGGCUUCUGUGGAAGAACCGAUACAGGGCUAAUUCCAAACUCAGAAGGCUCUGUGGCAUGGUGUGGGUUAAGGGACCAUUUGUAAACUGACUGUAAAGCAAGCUGAGGCUAUGGUUUUGAUGGUGAUGGUUAUGGUGGUGGUGAUGGUGAUGGUGAUGAUGAUGACCGAUGAU